AAAACAUAAGGGAAGAAGGAAAAGUGCAUCGCAAACGGACUUAGAAAAUGGACUUUCUCUGCGGUGACACAGAAGAGUCGCCCGGGGCGCCGGGGUCCUAGCCCGGUGGCCUGUGGCGCGGCUGGGAAGCCCCCCACCCGCAGUUCAGGCGCAACCAGCGUGGCGCCGCGGCGGGGGGAUCCGGUGCGCGCGCCGCAGACUUCAAAGGCCUGGCGCCGCCGCCGCCGCCCCUGCCUGCGCGGCGCUAGUAGUAUGGUCCGAGGGGGCGGCUCCUGGGGCGCGGCUCCCGCGGCAGCUGAUGCGCGCCCCGCCGGCUCGGAGGCGGGAGUCGGAGACCCCGAGACCCCGAGCGGCUAAGCGCUGCGGGCCGGGCCCCUGAAGAGGCCCAGAGAGAGGCAUCUUCCCGGCGAGAGGAGCCCAGCGCGGGGGUCUCCACGGCCACAGCGCGUGGGAAGGAGGACGAGAAGGAGCGGCGCUGCCUGCCGGCUGAGAGGAAGCGCUCCACCCGGGCCCCCGACGGCGCUCGUUGAACCACAUCCGCGCCUCCGCUGGCAACGCUUACAGGCGUCUGUCACCGGUUCCCUCCAUUUUGAAAAGGAAAAAAGGCUCUCCCCCUUCCCCUACCCCUAGGAACUGGAGCCCGAGGAUCCGUGCUCAUGGCCUUCAGCCCUUGGCAGAUCCUGUCCCCCGUGCAGUGGGCGAAAUGGACGUGGUCUGCGGUGCGCGGCGGGGCCGCCGGAGAGGACGAGGCCGGAGGGCCCGAGGGAGACCCCGAGGAGGAGGACUCGCAAGCCGAGACCAAAUCCUUGAGUUUCAGCUCGGAUUCUGAAGGUAAUUUUGAGACCCCUGAAGCUGAAACUCCAAUCAGAUCACCCCUCAAGGAAUCCUGUGAUUCAUCAUUAGGAUUGACUGGAUCUGGGGCCAAAACCCAAGAAUCACAAGAAACUGAUGAACACCUGGUAGCAGAAGUGGUUAGAAAAUGUUCAUCUGAGACUGGUUUUAGAUCUUCAGAAAAUGAGGAGUCACAGCUGGCCAUUGAUUCUCACUCAGUCAAGGAUGUCAAAGAAGAACCUCAACAUGAUAUUAGCAAGAUUUCAGUAGUGAGGCCAUUUUCAAUAGAAACCAAGAAUUUCACAGAAAUCUCAGCAUCUCUUGGAACAGAAGCAGCCCAUGACUGUGUAACUGCAGUCUCAGGUGAGGCUCUGCCCUCCAGUGCUCCAGAAGCCACCCAGGACAAGGCAAUGACAGAAGGCAGCAUGGGGGUUAUGCUUGAUGCUUCUGCAGAGACCGAUCUGAAAGCUGAAAGCUCUUGUCCAGAGCCUGUGGUCAGCAGAAGCAGGCUGAGAAAGCCCAAACCUAUCUCCCUAAGGAAGAAAAUAAUUGGGGGAGCAUUCUCUGAAACGGAAACUGUCGCGGAGGGCACACUUCUCACCAAGGCACCAUUCGGUCCUGAUGAACUGGAUAAGAACACACAGCUUUCUUUGCUAGGAGGUGCUGGAAGCCAGAAAUCUCUCCCUGACAUUAAUGAAACUUCAGGCACUCUCAGUAGUGACACCAGUGACUCCAGGAUUGAGCUACAGGAGGAGUCAAGGAACUCAUCUCUCAAACUUGAGUUUGAUUUCACAGAAGAUGUGGAGAAUGUAGAGGCCAGGAAAGCCCUUCCAAGGAAACUUGGCAGGAAACCCGGUAACAGAAUGACUCCCAAGAUACCAAAAGCUGGCAUCAGUAAGCCAGUAGGUGUAGAACAGCCUGCAGACCCAACAGCCAGAGACACCCCUCUCUCCCAGCCGUCUUCUAAGCUAGACAUUAGUCAGUGGGAUCACCCCAGUUUUAAUCCCUUUGGGAGCCACUCCAUUCUACAGAACUCCCCACCCCUCUCCUCUAAGGGCUCCUACCACUUUGACCCAGAUAACUUUGAUGAAUCAGCGGAUCCCUUUAAAUCAACUACGGCUUUAACAAACAGUGACUUUUGUUCCACCACUGGUAAUCAUGUUAAUGACAUCUUAGAGUCACCCAAGAAGGCAAAGUCGCGUUUAAUAACGACUACUGAGCAAGUGAAAUUUCUCUGUUUUCUGUUGAGUGGCUGUAAGGUGAAGAAAUACGAAACUCAGUCUCCUGCUUUGGAUACUUGUUCUCAGGAUGAAGGGGCAGUGAUCUCCCAGAUUUCAGACAUUUCCAAUAGGGAUGGCCAUGCUACCGAUGAGGAGAAACUGGCAUCCACAUCAUGUGGUCAGAAAUCAACUGGGGCCGAGGUGAAAGGUGAGCCAGAGGAAGACGUGGAGUACUUUGAAUGUUCCAAUGUUCCUGUGUCUACCAUAAAUCAUGCGUUUUCAUCCUCAGAAGCAGAUGUAGAGAAAGAAUCGUGCCAGAAGAUGGAAAAAGAUGGAUCUGCUGUGCUUGGACUGUUCGAGUCCUCUACGGAGAAGGCUCCUGUGUCUGUGGCCUGUGGAGGUGAGAGCCCCCUGGAUGGAAUCUGCCUCAGUGAAUCAGAUAAGACAGCCGUGCUCACCUUGAUAAGAGAAGAGAUAAUCACUAAAGAGAUUGAAGCAAGUGAAUGGAAGAAAAAAUACGAAGAGACCCGACAAGAAGUUUUGGAGAUGAGGAAAAUUGUGGCUGAAUAUGAAAAGACCAUUGCCCAAAUGAUUGAAGAUGAACAAAGGACAAAUAUGACCUCUCAGAAGAGCUUCCAGCAACUGACCAUGGAGAAGGAGCAGGCCCUGGCAGACCUCAACUCUGUGGAGCGGUCCCUUUCUGAUCUCUUCAGGAGAUAUGAGAAUCUGAAAGGCGUGCUGGAAGGGUUCAAGAAGAAUGAAGAAGCCUUGAAAAAAUGUGCUCAGGAUUACUUAGCCAGAGUUAAACAAGAGGAACAGAGAUAUCAGGCCCUGAAAAUCCAUGCAGAAGAAAAAUUAGACAAAGCCAAUGAAGAGAUUGCUCAGGUUCGCACAAAGGCAAAGGCUGAGAGUGCAGCUCUGCAUGCUGGACUCCGGAAAGAGCAAAUGAAGGUGGAGUCCCUGGAAAGGGCCUUGCAGCAGAAGAACCAAGAAAUUGAAGAACUGACAAAAAUCUGUGAUGAGCUGAUUGCAAAGCUGGGAAAGACUGACUGAGAUUCCUCUCUUAGCUCAGCAGACCUGCACUCCAAUGCUUCUGUCAUGACCACAAGUAUCUUGCCUUAUCCAAGAAUAAUCGUCCCUUUGCAGAGAAAGAAAAAAAAAAAAAAAAAAAAAGCACAUACCCACUGCUGCCUGUCCCGCUUAAUUGCCAGUGCAACAGCCCUGGAAGGAGCCUUGGCCUUUAGCCCAAUCAGGAUGGAGUGUGAUCUGCCACUGCCAGAGUCCUUUACAGCUCCCCAGCAUCAGGUUCAGUUAGAUAGGCUGCAGAGUCUGGGUUUGUGAUUUCUCUGUCUUUAGUUGGUCUUAACAUCAUCUUUCCUUUUCCCAAGUUUGUUAAAUUUGUGAUUUUUGUGGCUAGCAUUUGGGGUUAUCUCCUCUACCACCUGUCUGAUAUUUUUGUGACCUUUUAAUCCUUUAAUUUUCAGUUUCACUGAAGGAGAUGAUUUGGCCUUUUUGUUAUUUCCAGUUCAUAAACAAGAAGGGGCUCGGAGUACCUUUUUAUUUAUACAUUCUCACUCACACAUCUCUGUCUAUCCUUGCUGCUGCAUUUUCCUUAAAGCACAUAGAAGAACAUAUAUCUAUAAAUGUAAAACCAUGUUUUGGAACAGCCCUGUUUCCAAAUGCCAACUUAAGAAUUUGGAUGUCAGGGCUGGGAUUGAGGCUCAGUGGUAGAGCACUCACCUAGCAUGCAUGAGGCCCUAGGCUUGAUCCACAGCACCACGUAAGAAAAAAAUAAGGGUAUCGUGUCUACCUACAACCAAAAAAUAUAUAUUAAAAAAAUAAUUUGGGUGUCAGGUAUAAUAACACUUGCCUGUACUCCAGCUACUCUGGAGGCUGAGACCAGAGGGCAGCUUGAGCCCAGAAGUUCAACACCAACCUGGGCAACAUGGAAAAACACUGUCUUCUCCCUGCCCCACAAAAAAAUGAAAAGGAAAGAAAAAAGUUGGGGGGCAUUCAAAAUGUGAAGACCAUAGACAUGAGUUUCACAUUUAAAGAAGACUUUCUGCCAUAUAUUUCAUUGCCUUGGUAUUGGACAUCUCGGCAGGUUGAUGAGUACAACCCUUUGGCACUGAGUCCUCCCAUUGAAAGUGGUGUCUGCUUUCUUCAUGAACAGCAGUACAGAAAUCCCUCAAAGCUGGGAUUUGUGAGAUCUGCCCUGGAGUCAUUUAGCCUUCUGCUUCCUUUUGUUGAUGCAAAACCAACAUCUCACCUUUGUUAUCUCUGAAAUAUGCAAAGAAAAAUCUACUUGUGAAAGCUUUGGAUGAUCUUAUUUAAUUAAAAGGUAACUAACCCUGUUGCCAAUUAUAAGGUAAAGGAACAGUUAUCUCUUUGUCUUUACAAGUGUAAUUGUUCUUCAGAUAUUAAAACAAGAAAAAGAAAAAAAUCCUUUCAAACUUAAGACAGAAUUUUUAACAAAGCAGGCAGUAAAAAUAAUGUCUGACCCGCUCCAGAAAUCAGCACAUUGUGAAUAUGUUUGAACAAAAAGUCCGAAUGCUAGGGAAGGAGGUACAGGGAAAAGGUCCAUACAGACAAAACCAAGUUCCUCCAGCUAUUCUUGGACUCAGUUCAGAGUGGUGGGACGUUAACCCCCAAAAUGGAAAUUUCCCACGUAAUGCCAGUGAAUCCCCUUCCACUUGAUAGGCAAAAACCAAACCCAUGCAAGUGUUUUAAAGCACUCUUUUGUCUUAAUCUUACACCCUGAAAGUGGUGAUAUGCACUAUGUCCAGUACAUGUCCGUUUUCCUACUUCUCUUGUAAAACUGUUGCAUGAGCCAGCUUCAACGAUGAAUUGUGCCUCGUGGAAAACCUCUAUAGAGUUUUUAAAAAUGAGUGUUUCUGUAGCAGUGUAUUGCUCGUGUGGGUGCAAUCUUUAGCCCCAGGGAAGUCAAUAAUGUCUUUUAAAGCCAGAGUCAUGUUUUACCAAUAUGCAUUUAUCAUUAUUGGUGCUUAGGCUAUAUUUUAAAGCCUAUUGUCUUAACAUUUUGUACAAAAAAAAAAAAAAAAAAGAACAGAAAUUAUCUGUGGUUGGAGAAGUGGCUUGACAAUCAUUUGGGCUUUGAAAGUAGUGACUGUGGUUUAAUGUGAAUGCUGUACCAGGAGUCACAGUAUUGGGUACAAGUGUCUCUGGUGUAUGACCACUUUCUUCUCAGUCCUCUACUACAAGGGGAGUUAAUUUUGCAUUUUGCAGAAAGAAAUAGUGCAAACCCUUUUACUGCUGUGUUUUGCUGACAUAUCCAUGUUUACUUGUUUUAUAUUGAUCUGUUUUAAGUAUGAAAGGCUUAUAGUGGUCUCCAUUAUAAAUCCAUAGUCAUCUUUUUCUUUUUCUUUUAAAAAUAUUUUUGCAGUGCUGGGGAUUGAACCCAGGGCCUCACAUAUCCUAGGCAAGUGCCCUACUGCCAAGCUACACUCCCAGCCCCAUAAUUAUCUGUUUAAGCUAUUGUGUAUUUUAAAAGCACACUCUGCUAUUUUAAAACAGAGGUGAUGACAAUCCUUCCCUAGCACACUUGUAGAAAAAAAAUCCUUGAAAACUAGACCUUAGUGAACAAAGUUGCUGCAUGAAAGGGCCCUUGUUAAGAAAUAUUUGCCACUGGUCUCGGUCAUGACCAUUACAAGGAAAUGUCUACCAUUCUUAAUAGAUGGAUACUCUUUGUCAAGAAUAAAAAUGUAGUUAUACAAUUGGCAAGUGAAGAGAAUAUACUAGGCGAGUGAAAUAUAUUUUUCUUUAAACAUAAGCAAGAAAAAAAAAAAGCUUGUAGAACUCUGGAGAGUAAGAAUUAUAGUCUAGAAUUUGCUUCAGCACGUAUGAGGACCAAAUUAC